GCAGUCUUCCUCUUAUACCCGCGGCCAUUGCCGAAGAUGUUUUCGCAAGCUGCAAAGAUAAUAAAGCCCAACGGUGAAAAGCCUGAUGAGGUUGAGCAACAGAUCUCGCAGGCUCUCCUUGAGCUGGAGAUGAACAGUGAUCUAAAAGCCCAGCUGAGAGAACUACACAUCACUGGUGCCAGGGAAAUUGAACUACCAGGCAGAAAAGCAGUGAUCAUCUUUGUUCCUGUGCCACAGCUGAAGGCAUACCAAAAAAUUCAGACUCGUCUAGUACGUGAGCUGGAGAAGAAAUUCAGUGGCAAGCACGUCGUUUUCAUUGCCCAGAGGCGCAUUUUAGCAAAACCUACAAGGAAGACGAGAAUUAAGAACAAGCAGAAGAGACCAAGAAGCCGUACCCUGACAUCGGUACAUGAUGCUAUCCUAGACGAUCUGGUCUACCCAGCUGAAAUUGUUGGCAAGAGAAUCCGAGUGAGACUGGAUGGGUCCAGAAUGAUUAAAGUGCAUCUAGACAAGGCACAACAAACUAAUAUUGAACACAAGACUGACACGUUCUCUUCCGUAUACAAAAAGCUAACCGGCAAGGAGGUUAACUUUGAAUUCCCGGAUCAGCAAAUGUAAUGUACAGGCCACGAUGAACGGCGAAUAAAAAAAUAUCCAAGAAA